AUGGCACCCAUGUCCGCGGAGGGCGCCCAGUUUGUGGAGUUGCCACUGACUGUGAGCGUGGCGAGCGUGUUCGGCUUGGUCUUCAGCGUCUCCAUCUUCGCCUGGAUCUGCUGCCAGCGCAAGUCCGCCGGCAGCAAGGCCAACAACAACAGCAGCAGCAACAAUAACAACAACAACACGGGCGCCAAGACGCCGACGUACAAGUUCGUCCACAUGCUGAAAGGCGUGGACAUCUACCCCGAGAGCCUCAGCGGCCGCAAGAAGACGUUCGGCGCCACCGACACCAGCCCCGAACCCAUUAUGGGCAGCAUGGGCGGAAAACAGCUGCAUUCCUCCACCGGUCCACUGGGCGGCAGCACCACCACCGCCACCACCACCAACAACAACUCGUCUCGUCCGGCGCUUCACCUCGACCUGGAGAAGAGGGAUCUGAACGGCAACUUCCCCAAGCUGUCGCCUUCCUCCGUGCACCCCAAGGUGCGCAGCUCCCCGGACCUGGAGCUUCCGUCCCCGGCGCUCGGGAGUCUAAGGGGACGCCUGGAGGUGGUGAGCCCGGAGAGCGCGCUGUCGAGCCAGGCACCCACGCCGUUCGAGAGGCCCCAGGAGGGUGGCGUCGUCGACGGAGGUCUGAAUAAUAACAGCAGCGGAGGCCUCGGCACUCUUCACUUCGCCCUCGAGUACAACUUCGAGAAGCGGGCCUUCGUGGUGCACAUCAAGGAGGCGCACGGCCUCUCGGCGACCGACGAGCAGUCCAUGACCUCCGACCCCUACAUCAAGCUGACCCUGCUGCCCGAGAAGAAGCACAAGGUCAAGACCCGCGUGCUGCGCAAGACGCUGGACCCGGCCUUCGACGAGACCUUCAGCUUCUACGGCGUGCCCUACGGCCGCGUCCCCGACAUCGUGCUGCACUUCAUGGUGCUGAGCUUCGAUAGGUUCUCGCGCGACGAGGUCAUCGGGGAGGCCGUGGUGCCAUUGGCCGAUAUCGACCUGGCGGAGGGCCGCGUGGCCAUGACCAGGGAUAUCAUCAAGAGGAACGUGCAGAGGAGCGCUGGUCGGGGGGAGCUACUGCUGUCUCUGUGCUACCAGUCCACCACCAGCGUUCUCACCGUGGUGGUUCUCAAGGCCCGACACCUGCCCAAGAGCGACAACGGAGGACCCUCAGAGUCCUACGUGAAGAUCAACCUGUUCCAGGGCAAGAAGCGCGUGUGCAAGAAGAAGACCCACGUGAAGAAGUGUGCCCCCAACCCCGUCUUCAACGAGCUCUUCGUCUUCGACAUCCCCUGCGAGGGCGACCUGCGCGCCACCAGCGUGGAGCUGCUCCUCCUGGACUGCGAUAGGUCGGCUCGCCUGCCCGUCAUCGGCAGGCUGCUGCUCGGCUCCGCCUCCCCGGGCACCCAGGGCGAGCACUGGCGGGAGAUCUGCGAUCACCCGCGGCGACAGAUCGCCAAGUGGCACGUGCUCACCGAGGACCAGCCCCUGCCGUAAAAAAAAACAACCGUGUGGCGAUGACCGAGAAAAUAACAACAGAAAACAACAAACAAAAACAAAUAACGAAAAAAAAAAACAGACUGCCUGAGAACUCGUAACCAUUUUGUGAGAUGUGAGUUGAAGGAGGAGUGCGGUGUAGUUAGCCACAAAUGAUGAUGUCAUCUGUCAAUCAAAUCAACAA